ACAAAGACAGAUUCUGUUAUUGCCAUUUCAGCCAAUACGUAGAGAAGAAAUGAUUGAUUGCCCUCCUCUCUCUACAUCUGAGUAUUUUACAGUUGAAUUUAAUUAAAUUGGCUGAAUUCAACUUAAUAUAUAAUUUCAAAAUAAAGUAUAAAAUUUUUGUUUUACAACAUUCAUAUCCAAAUCUUAGUGGCAUAAAUAUUAUCCCAUACAUUCUGACUUAUAUACAGUGAAUUUGACAAAAUUAGCUAAAAAAUAUUUUUUGUUUACUUUAAAUGUUAUGGCUUUAUCAAUCGCCAAGAAACAUGCAAUACAAUUUCACCCUGUGGAAGUUAGCUGUCUGUCUUUACCUCCCUUCCUCUCUCUCUCUUUCUCUCUCUCUCUCUCACAUGCACUUUCACCUUCUAAGUGUGAUGCCGUUAUUAGAUCCUGUAGCCAUUUAACUAUAUCAACAGUGUGUAAAUUGAUUGAAUAACCCAAUGAUCAAACUAAUAAAAUGAGAGGUAACUCUUUAAAUGAUUGUGUUUCUGAUGUAAUCAUGUGCCUUUAUCAAAUUCAUUUGAUGAGCUUUAUUGAAGAACUUUAUCUUGCUGUGUGCAGUAUUGGGGGCCAUGGAACAUAUCGUGAUGUUAUCACUCUCGCAAACAUUGUGAAACUCUUUAACCCGGAUGUAAUUUUUCCGGCACCUAUGAGGACCGUGAAUGAUCGUCCUUCAAGUAUUAAUGAGACCGGCUUUAAUUUGGGCGUCACUGGUCACAACACAGUGAAUUUCUCUGAACAGGCCAGGAACAUGAUUGACACCUUCAAAACCUACCCAGGGUUAAACUUUAAAGAGGAUUGGAAGCUUGUGACCAUUUUAAUUGGGAUGAAUGACAUCUGUGAUUAUUGCAAGGACAAAAAAUUGUUUUCACCUGACAACUUCAUCAAGUACCUCACAGCCUCCCUAGAUAUGAUGAUGAAUGAGGUUCCUCGACUGAUUGUGAACAUGGUGCAGAUUUUUACUAUGAAGCCUCUGAGGGAGGUUCAGGAGCCCACCCUAGCCUGCCAACUCCAAAAGAGUUUCUGUUCAUGUUUGGUCAGGCCUGAAGAGAACUCCACUGAACUGGCAGAGCUGACUGAAGUAAAUCUGGAAUUCCAGAGGAGACUGGAGGAGCUGCUGAACAGCGAUCGUUACUUUAAAGAGGAUUUUGCUGUGGUUCUGCAGCCGUAUGCCACAUACGCCCAGCCACCCAGACUAGCUAAUGGCAAAAUCGAUUUUAGUUACUUCUCCCCAGACUGUUUCCAUUUCACCAUAAAGGGUCACGAGGAGCUGGCCAAGGGUCUCUGGAACAACAUGUUUCAACCGCCAGACAAGAAAGAUUUAAUCAAGAUCUUCUCAGAGCCAGUAAAACUCAUCUGUCCGGCAGAGGAGCAUCCUUACAUAUACACCAGACCCAAAGCUCUGUCCUCUGCAAACCAUCUGCAAGUCAUCUGGACUCUUUUAACCCUUACAGGCCUCAUUACCAUCUACAACAACAUAUAUUAAGUGCAUUUUUUAUGCUUCAGUCCUGCUUUUACCACAACCUUUUCAACUAUUCUUCAUACGUUUGUAUGUUUGUAUACGUUUGUACACACUCCAUAGAUCGUAAAUAUGGUAUAACAAUCUAUGGUACAUCUUACAACACACUUGAGGUAUGAAGGGAGGAAUUAUGCAUUUUUAUCUUUCUCUUUGAUGAGCUAAUCAUCGAAGUGUCCAUGACUGGAGCAGACUUUUCAGUAGGAAUACACUAUACUGAGUAUAUUUACUAAUUACUCUCAUAAUAACUUACCAGCUAUUUUCCUAAUUCAACUAAUUUGUUGAAUAGAGUAACAAAGUUGUCAUGUACCGAUGGAGUAAAAGACUAUGUAAAAACCAGCUUCAACAAAAAUACCCACCAGUUCCAAAAUCCAGAAUGUGCAGUUCCUCAUUUUGCCUCAUUUUGUAAAGGCCGUUUAAUAAAAUGAAAACCUGGAUGUCUCUACAAAUCAGGUUUGCGUUUGCCCUUGAACACACUACUCACACAAAUAAAAGCAUACAAGGUAUGCCAUGUGAGGUGCAAUUUGCCUUUUGUAAAAGGACAUUGCAACCGAAUGCAAUACCUAUUGGGUAAGUCCUGCUUAUUAAGUCUAAAAUCAGGUUGACGGAAACCCUCUUGCCUCUGAGGGUCAUUUAAACGUACAACUCUUAUAAAGUAAUGGAAGGCGCUUAAUAGCAUUGCUACAUUAACAAACAAAACCUUUCAAUGGAAAUGGGGAUUCCUUCAAGAGAAAACAUUGCACUGACAAGGGUGAGAUAAACAAUAAUAUUGAACCACACCCUGUAUUUGUCCUAUUUGUACUUUGGUUUCUGUGAGCUUAUCAUACUCAGGGCUUAUCAUUGACUUGAACUACAUUUCAAAAGAUAAUGUUCAUUCAGUUCUCAUUAUUAAUGCUUUUUUUUUUCAUUGUUCUUUUUAGUAUUUACAAUCUCUAAGUGACGAAUUAGUCUGUAAAUGAAUCACUGACUGAUGAACAGACAAAUGAACAGACAUCUAUAAUUGUAUGUACAUAUUUAAUAAGUAUAACAGUGUAUAUCUUUCAAAAAAAUAUAUCAGCAAUGGCAUGUAUAUAUUCAUUGUGUGUAGAUCAUCAUUUUGAACUUGUAAUGUCAUUAUUGUAAUAAAUGAAUGCACAAUGAUUUUUAAAUGCACUUUUCAAAACUUACUAU